AGCAAUCUUGAGAGAGAGCUCACCGGCGGCAGUCAUGGAUCUGGUGACGGGGGCGAUGGGAAACCUCGCCCCCAAGCUGUACCAGCUGCUCAAAGGUGAAUACGAGUUGCAGAAUGGUGUGAGGAAGAAACUCGUGUUCCUCCAUCAGGAGCUGGAGAGCAUGAAGCCUGCCCUUGAAAAGGUGGCACAAUUGCCGUGGGAUCAGCAUCACAAGCAGGCCAAGGUCUGGGCGUGUCAGAUGAGGGAGGUGUCCUACGACGUAGAAGAUCUACUCGACACCUUCCUUGUGCGUGUCCAGGGUUCUGAGCCCGCUGACCAGAGCAAGCUCAAACGCGCCCUGAAGAAGAUGGGUGGCCUGUUCGGCAAAGCCAAGGCUCGCCGUGACAUUUCUAGUGCCAUCGAAGACAUCAAGAAGCAACUCCAGGAGGUGGCUGACCGGCGCGACAGGUGCAAAAUCGACGAGAUGGUGGCCAAACCUGCUGACACUUCGGCAAUUGAUCCUCGUCUUGAGGCUAUGUACAAAGAGGUGACUCAGCUCAUUGGUAUUGAUAAGUCAAGAGGUGAGCUCCUAUCAAUGCUUUCAUCGCCCCAGGGGAAUGAGGUGUCCCAUGAGAAGAUGAAGAUAGUUUCAGUUGUCGGAGUUGGAGGAUUGGGCAAGACAACUCUUGCCAAAGCAGUGUAUGAUGAGCUUAAAUCGCAAUUUGAUUGUGGGGCUUUUGUUCCGGUUGGUCGAAAUCCUGACGUGAAGAAAGUCCUAAGAGACAUUCUUAUAGAUCUUGACAAGAAAGAAUUCAGGGAGCCGAAAUAUGAUAUAUUGGACGUAAGGCAGCUCAUCAACGAACUCAAAGAUUUCCUCCAAAGCAAGAGGUCCAGCUUGGCUUGCUCAAUGGGAGGACUUAAUUUCACCACGUUGGAAUUGUGGCACUACAUGUGACCUGGCGCAAAUGGGGCCUUCCUGUCUAUUUUUGUGUGUGCAUGUGCUUCUUAGCUUAGAAAAAACCAAAAAAA